AUGCAUUUUAUGCCAAGUCUAUUUAAUAAAUUACGAACAAUAUCUCAUAAAUAUUUAUUACUUUUUUUGUUAAACACAUUCUUUAAUUAUAAUUUAUCAUUAUGUGAAACACACAUAACUUCAAUGAUUCAUAGUAGCAAGACUAGUAGUAUUGACACGAUAUUUAGUGUUGACACGAAGAUUGGUGUUAGUACAAAGCUUGUUCUUGUCAAGGAGACUGUUAUUAGUACAGGAUCCGUUAUUAGUAAGGCGACUCACCUUAAUCCUGUAGGAUCCAAACAAGUUAAAGGAUUAGGGACUGAAACAAUAAUCGGAAUAAUAGCUGCAUCAAUAACUGUAGGAAUAGCAUUAUUAUUUUUAUGUGGAAGUAAAGUUGAUAAUAACAAAAAUAUCAAAAACAAAAGCAAAGUAUAA